AUGGCACGCAACAUUCUGAAUCCACUUAGCAAGUCUGCGGGUUGGCUCCGCCGACGAUUUCGCGCGAGCGGGGCCGAAGCUGAUGGUGACGGCAACGGUGGCUCAUCGCUCGAUGCCAGCCUCUCGGGUCAUUCCCUUUUGCACAUGCGCGAGGAUCAAGCGGCUGAUCUCGAUGCAGCAUGGUACAGUUAUCUCGAAGCUCGCGCCACCGAUGAGAGCGUGGCAGCCGAGUGCUUUGACGCAUAUGUCUACUGCGUUAUGAGCUACCUCAGUGAUCGCGACGAACAUGCAUCACUACAACUGGACGCCUAUCCGGACGCCUUUUGUCACGAGCUUGGACUCCAACUUGGCGCGGCAGUGGCUCAAGUGGCUCCCCUCCUCCGCGAGCCUGGGUUCAGCGACGAGGGUUCUGGCCUCAUCAAACACACGGCAGCCCUUCUUCGCUUGAGUGCACUUGUGGCUCGGGACGACGCCAACCUUGAUGCGCUGACAGAGAGUGAUGUAACUUCUCACAUAACAGCUCUGGCCCUUGCCAUUGUCGCCCGCGAGUGCGCAGACUCAGCCAUCAAGGGGAUGACAAUUCUGGAGCUCCUGGAUAGCUAUGCCCUACCAUUUGUGCAGCGCGUCUUUGCGCCGGGCCAGGCUUGGAUCCAAACGCCCGCCCUUAGUGGUGCUGCGCUGGAGCACGACCUUGCUCCUGAGCUUCGGCUGUUGGAUCAAGGCCUCCAUACCUGCUACGAGUCGCUCCGCUCCGAGGCGGUCCUGGCUGCCUCUCUCGCCUCACCCGGCUCCCCUAGUCAGGCGAGCGGGGCUCUUGAUUUUGAUCCGGCCUCCGGCAAUGGCACCUCCGACACCAUUGGCCCAGCGCCAGCCCCUGGAGACCCCCGCUUGCAGAUGGAGCGCAUUUUUUGCGUUCUCAAUGCCUGGACGCGUUGCUCAGGGGAGCGUGCACAACUAGUGACGAUGCAUCAAAGGCUGCGCAGUAAAAUACUUCGCCUGGCGCGGGCCGUACCGGCCGUACCCUGGCUUGACGAGCUACUCGUUGUCAUGCUGGCCUGCAUCCCACAAGCCGCCGAGAAUAGCCAGCGCGAGGAGUAUUUUGCUGCCCAAGCGCUUGUCUGUGGCCUCUUGGGGCAGUGCAGCACCCCCUUCGAGGACACAGCCCUUGCGCCCGCACUGCAGACUGCUUACCUUCAGCGAACGGCCCAGCUCUUGCGUGUGAUCCGCCGCAGUCUCCGCUCGCCCCGGCCCCACACCCUGCACCGUUUACUGUUGGAGAAUCAAGCGUUUGCAUCCUGCUUGGCAGUGUUGGAGCGCGCUGUGGACACGGAGUUGUUGACCGCAGCCUUUCGAACAAUCGCUGCCAUGAUCCAUCAAGAGGGCGGUGAGCAAUGGUUUCGGACCCGAAUUGGCUACCAGCGACUUUUUGACGACUAUCGCCAAGGCCUGCGUUUGGGUCGCUUUCACUGCUAUCUCUGGCUUGAGCUCGUCAUCGGGCUCAGUCUCAAUUGGGACAGUCCUGCGAUCAACGAAACACUGGCGACGGAGCCUCUUGUGAUUCGCGCCCCAGCAGCUCUGGCCAUCUUUCUUGAACACCUUCCACAACUGGAUCUACCCUCGACCACCGUGUGCCCCGUGCUUCAGGGCAUCAUGCAUAUGAUUCAGGACAGCUACCAUAAUGCCAACUGCUGCUGUGAGGGCAAUGUCACCGCCAUCAUCCUCACCCUGCUCGAGCAAUGGCACACGGCCCCGGAUGACGUUAGCGAUCAUCUCGUGCGCUUGCUAGAGCUUCUCGUGUCGCAUGCCGUGGAAACAGCCGAGUUGCGCCGCCUUUUGAAUCUCCUUUUUGUGCAGAGUCCCACGUUUCGUCCUGAGCUUUACCUUCGCUUGCAAGCCCUUCUUCGUGUGGCAGCCGCUGGACACGAACCCAUGUAUCUGAUGGACCUACAUGGCACCCGUUCCAUGCUCUGGGUGCCGCAUCUCGAUGCAAGCUUGGGUGGCGGCUACACAUUUCAUACCUGGAUUCGGAUCGAGUCCUUGGACGCGGAGCUCCUACCAAUUGAUUUGCACCAUCAACACGGUGCCCCGGUGCGCGUUCGACCAAGUCGCAGCACGGCCACUCGCGUCACUGCGGCCAGUUCCGAACAUGCCCCUGCUGAGGAGCCGGGUACCACCGGACUCGGCUCAUCCUCAGCCAGCGAACCGGACCCCGGCAUUGGUAGCGUGCGGCGUGAGUCACGACAGAUGGGCAGCUACGAGCCUCGUCUAUUCAGCUUUCAUGCCGCAGGGGGCAGCGGGUUUGAAGCAUUCUUUACGGCUGGUCGACUUGCAGUGCGCACCGUUGUGGGUCAGGGCAACCGCCAGCAAAUGCACACUCACGUCUUCUCGACCACGCAAAUUCCCAUCCGGCGCUGGAUCAGUCUCGCCGUCGUUCAAACUAAUCCUGCGCAUCUAUUUGGAGGCAAAGGCGAGACCAAGCUGUUUUUGGAUGGUGAGCUGCGCGAGACCGCAGCCCUACCAUGUCCAUCGCGCCGGGAUACUUAUCUUGACUGUCGCAUCGGUCGGGGCCGUGAUGCCGACGAGAGCAUUGCGCUCAAUCCUAUGCGUACCGGCAACACCUCUCUGCGUGCCCAACUGGCGAACAUUCACAUCUUUGAGCCACUGACGACGGACCAGAUCCGGGCAGUCUACGCCUUGGGCAUCGACUACGUGGGCAGCUUUGACGCAUGUACUUUGGCCUCCUUCAAACAAAAUCACACCUUGGACCAGGUGGUCCAAGGUUACUCAGAUGGGGAUCCCAGCCUGACAGAGGUCUUUUUCGACGCCGCUCCACCUGACGCUCUUUCCCUAAACACCACGCCUGCCGUUGGUGCGCCAGGCGAAGAUAAGGGCGUCCAGAACAUGCGCAAGGCGGGCAGCACCGAUUUGGUGGCGGCCCGCACGCUGAUAGAACAGCCGAUUCAGGGUCUGCUCAAGGUCAUGUAUCCUGCUCAGCUGUGUCGCAACGGUCAAAUCCGCAAUCAAGCCACCAUGAUCGACGCGCUAGCGGAGGAACAGCCACCAGCCGUACUCACCGGCACGUUGUGCGUGCGCCGCAGUGUGCGCCAGGUUAUUGGCACCCUCGGGGGUGUGCAGGUCAUUUGCUUUCUGUUAGCCCAGCUCGAUGAUGUGGUGGAGGCCGUAUACGCCUACAACAUGCACACCGCCGGGAAGAGUGAAACUGUGGGCGAGCUUGGCUCAGCCUGUGUGGCUGCCUUCUUUGAUCUCCUGCAGGGCGUGCUGCGUGAUGAUGUAAAUGUGGCUCAGGUCCUGCAAGGGCGCGUCCUGGCCGUCAUCUCAGCCCUUUUGCAGCGUUCCGAGUACGCUGUGCUAGGAAUACAGGACCUCAUGUCCAUCCAGGCUCUGCUUGAGCGCGCUUCACCCAAAGCCGAGUUUGUACGCGCCGUAUGCAAGCAGCUCGUGUUUGAUUUUGAGCUCUGGGGCCGCUCAGAUUACGCCGUGCGCGUGGGCCACGUUCGCACAGUGGCAGAGCUCAUUCGCAACCAUCCUACUUUCUUCCGUCAACAUUACGGGGUACAAUACGUGAUUGAUCUUUUGCGCCCAAGCCUGCGUGAGUCUCAAGAACGCGCGCGCGCGCGCCUAGGUUCCGUCAGCGUCGCUACCCGCUCGCCCUCUGACACGAGUUCGGACGAGGAAAGCAGUGUCUAUGCCUGUGUCAUGGGGUUGCUGGAGAUGUAUUUGCGGCGCAGCGUAAGCCAACGCGAAGCCAAGGCCCUGCUUCGCUUCGUACUGGCUGGCGAAGACUUGCAACACACACUGCUUGUCCUCAACUUUUGCUACAACGCGCUCCUCUCAGUUUUCUUUUGCCUGCUCACUCAUCUCGAUCGGUCAUCGAGUACCACGCUGUUGGGUCAGAUUCCUCUUGGCGGGUUGUCUUACACCAGGUCACAGUUGCGCUUGCUGGAUAUCGGACCGCUGAGCUUGCUUUCACUUUGGGGUACUCGUGAGCCGCGCAACGCCACAUCCUAUGAGGUACUCAAGGGAAUUUUAGACCAAGCCGUUUGCCCCAGGGUUGCCGUUACCGAGGCUGAAUCGGGAGACGGCUUUACGCUUCUCUCUUCCGAAUUUGAUGCCGGCAGUGAGGUGCCGUUGUUCCGCUGUGAAUUAGUGGCUCCUGACUUUGUUACCGUGGCUUUGCGCCUCCUUGACAAGUUGGAUCGCACAAAUUAUGCCUAUCAUUGCCGUAUCCUUCUUGACCUGCAUGACCUGCUCAAUGCGGAGGGGGUGGCACACCAAGCCUCCGCUUGCGUCUUUGACUGGAUGUUGACUCUGACCCAAUGGUUGACGGCUGCGGCAUUCAAUCCACGGCCGCUGCUGGUCAGCAAUCUAUCACACAGUGAUCAAUCUCGGCUUGGAUUAUUAUGUGCUGCUCCAGAAGACGCAGACGAGCUCACAUCGGAGCUGAGUCCCCCGUUGGCUGCUGGACUGCAUGUGCUGGCACAGAUGAUGCUGCUGCAAAUGGACACACACUUCGAGUGGGAGCGCAACCUGCGGCCCGUGUUGCUGCAGCUUUUGCCUUCUGAGGGCUCGACUUCCAAAUCAGCCCACUCCACGCCCGACUUGGCCUCCUUUUUGACAAGCGUUUUGCUACGCCAGCUGGCCGAUCGCGUCUACGGUCAUCUGCACGCCCAAUCCAACAUCGGUACAGUGCUGGCUACCAACGUGCUCAGCGUGGUGUUUCAGGCCGAGACACACUACUUCCACACCAGCCAGCAGCUGCGCGCCACUUUGUCUCCCGUGGGCCGACACUUCUUGCUGCGGGCCAUGUCAUUUUUUGCCGAUCGACUGAGCAUUGACUCCCUGCCCUCAUUCGGCGUGCUGGAGCAAGCGGACGUGCAGUUUGCCGGCACUGUGGCCGUGCGUCCUGGGGGUAUGCGCCGCAUUCUCUUGCGCGCAUAUCUCGAGGAAUUAAAUCAGCCAGAGGGGCUUCGCGUCUUUGCCAUUGAGCGGCUACAAAUGUUUAUGGGUAGCCCAGACUUUUUGACCCUUUCUGCCUCGGAAUCAGGCAAGAACAAGUUACUUUAUCUCAUUUGGUCCUUGGAUAAUGUCUUGCUGCACAUUGUGGCCGAUGACAUUCAGGACGCACUCUUUAGCAUCGUGGCCACUCUCUUCAAGCAUGUCUUGCGUACUCAUAGGCUUGACAUGCUGCUGGAGAGCAACGAAGCUGCUGGUAUCAUGGGUGAAUGCGGGGAGGCAAUUCUGAGCGAUGCACCAGUUGAAAAGCUCAUGAUCUUGCUCCGAUCUGCCAACUGGCGACGCCUCAUUGACGAUGUGGUUGCUCCCGUGGCUUUUAGUAUCAUGGACCGUGAGUACAUUGAUCAUGGAGCCAACGCCAUGGAUGUUGCUGCUGAGCAGGAAGAGGGGGCACACCGGCUGUAUCAGGCUCUUCAACGCUUGGAGGAGCGCAUUGGGGCUGCUAGCUCCCGGAUACAGGCCAAU